AUGAUAAAUCAAAGACCUCCUAUCCCAAAAUUCAAUGACGGAUUCUUAACCAAUAAAGUUGAGAUGCCAUUGCUAGAGGAAGCUUAACAUUUGAUAUUCAAGUUGAAUUUGGAUUUUGAGAUAGAAAAAAAGGCAAUCAAAAUUAUAAAGCAAAUUCCAUUGCCAAAUACUUAAACAGCAGCUCGUGGAGUUAUAUUAUAUUGUUUAAAAGAGUUUGGAAAGAAACUGCCUAAACUUGAUAGCAAACUGGAAUAAAUGAUAAAACAUAUUGAUAAAUAGCAAGCCAGUAAUUUCUCAUUUGUUUGUGAAAAAUUGGGAUUUUGUGAUUAAGUUUCUGGGGCUUGUGUAAUUUUAAAAAAAUAGUUAAAUUAUUUGAUUGGAAGAUUAGAAUAAAAUUUACAAGUGGCAAUAACGGUGAAAAUUGCUGCAGACAUUAUUUUCUUAAAAUAUGGAGGAUUAAAUACAAGAAUUUUAUCAGAAAUUACUUAGGUUAACGAAGAAAAACUAAAGAUUUCUCUAAAUCGUAUUACACCUUUCUCAGAAAAGAUUAUAUUAGAUCUAAUAAACCAUUAUAAUUAAAGUGAUCUCUGA